AUGUCAAGGCAAGGAAAAGAAGGGCAAAAUGAUGGGGGACUGAAAGAUAAACAGCAAAAGAGACCAAUAAUACGACAGUUAAGGGUACCAAUACGAUCAAAUGUGACGGAAGAGUAUAGAGGCUUUAUCCCUCUCCCGCAUUCUGAUAUCAUGGAAGAGGAAAUCAGAACGUUGGAUGCAGAAAUCUUUUGGAACGACUAUGUUAAGCGAAGGUGUCCAACUGUGAUUAAUGGACUGAUAGACGAUAAUGGCUUCGAUGGCGAAAGAUGGAAGGAUUUAAACUAUCUAAGAUCAAUUGCUGGAUCAACACAAGUCAAGAUUGAACCUGUCGAUCCCAUCAAUGAUCGAUUUGGAACGGGCGCUCAAAGAAGGAUAGUUACGCUAAGUCAAUUCUUAGAUAUGCUUCAAGAUGAGAAGCAAGCUGGAAAGUGGUAUAUGACAACACAAUACAUAGACGAUGAAUCAGAAGAAGAAGAGAUCAGCAAUUCAACUUCCAGUGAUUCAAGUCGUCAAGAUGAAGCAAAUAAUCUCUUUCCCCGCUUGUCAAAAGAUGGCACGAUUGCUUCCUCCACUACAACCUCUCCGCCUACCAGCACAAGUCAAAAGCAGUCAGAUUCGGAUUCUCCUAGGAUUCUUGAGGAUGAAGAACUUCUUCCGGCACCCGACCUGGAUUUCUCUUUACCUCCACCAACAGACGCCUUGGCACAUUUGUUCCCACUUCCUACACCAAAAUUACUUGGAGGAUUGGUGUUGCAACAAUGCAAUCUUUGGCUCGGCAAUGGAACUUCGGGUAAAAGUAGUGGUUUGCAUCAUGAUUUCCAUGAUAACCUCUAUAUGGUAUUGUCAGGCUGCAAGAGGUUCUUAAUUUGGCCGCCAACCUGCCAUCGUUGGUUAGAACCUACCGGAGAUAUUUUUCGCGUUCAUUCAAAUGGUUUGAUCGAAUAUGAUAUCGCUGAUGAGCCUCCUCUACGUGCUGAUGGCUUGACGUCCCAUGAAGCUGCUCUAUGGCGAGUUCGUGCGAGAAAGAGAGUGUUGCUAGAAGCAGAUGAAGCAGCAGCAUCGCUAGCAGGCGAGGAGAAAGUCAAAAAGGCACUCCGGAAAGGCAAAGGAAAGCAAACGAAAGAACAAGAAGUUGCUCUGAUACUACUACGGGAAGCUGAAAUGCAAGAAUUGAUUAUCAGAAUGGACAACGAACGAAAUUUAGAAGCGAACGGUAAUGUAACUUCGUCUGACCUUUCUGAUGAUGAAAUCGAAAGUGAUUUCAUGACAGAUCGAAGUGAUAGCUACGGUAAUGGAAGCAAAGGUUUAAGUGAUGACGAAAGCGAUACUAGCCAAACGUUUGGAGCUCAACGUCAAAGUUUCGGCGAUAAACAAUUUGGCGGUGAAGGUUUUGAUGUUUUCAAAGCUUUGCUUUCUUAUACGCCAAUGGAAGAAGGAGAAGAUGAUGAUUCAUUCGAAGAAUCUGAAGGAUCAAUUGAUGAAAUUCAAGAUGGUCAGCAUCGAAGAAAGAGGAGAAGAGCAGGAAGCUUUUUGCAUAUUCCACCGGGCGGUUUACCUGGCGGCCUUCGUGGAUCGUUACGCGAUCCUGAUGGAAGGUAUGAUAGUGACAUCAGCGGCGAUAUUAGCGAUUCGGAUGAAUUUAUCAUGGCUGCAAUGGAAGAUGACGGGCAGAUGGGUCAAGAAGAGAUCUUCAAUUUGCCAAUGGUACCCGUGAUUGAAGGAGAAUGGAGUGGGGAGGACGAUGGGGAAGCGCUAGGAGGAAAUGGUGCUGCUUUGCGCAGAGUCUUUCCUGGAAACGCAUUUGAAGUGGUAAACAGCGAAGACGAUGACGAGGAAGACAGCGAUGAAGAUGAGGAUGAGGAGGAGAGCAGUGAGGAAGACAGCAACGAAGAGAAAGCCGUGGAGGUUGUUACCGAUAACGAUGAUGUCCACAAGCUCCCAUUUGCUCAGCUAGAUGAGGUUAGCAGCGAGUCUUCAAAAGCCGGUGAGCCUGUAGAAGAAGAUGAGGGAUCUUCAGAAGGUGCUCUUAUGGGAGAGGGAGAGGACGACUCGGAAGAAGAUGAGGGAGCGCUGUUCGCAAAGCUUGCCAACGCAGAGGAUGAUGAGGACGAAGACGAAGAUGAAGAGGAGGAGGACGAUGACGACGAGGAUGUCUGGCCAGAAGAUGCAGAAGAUGGAGAGUCUUUGCUUAAUCAGCUUGCUGCUAUGGAACAAAAUAGUGCCCCACAAAAUGGAGCAAAAGCCUUCUCUCCACCUACUGCAGCUGAAAAAGAUGAAGACCCAUCAAGUUUCAGUCGUAUUGCCCCACAAGCAUUGCAUUGGUUCUUUGAUGUGCCUAACGAUCCGUCAAACAAAGAUGAGAUUGUAUCAGAUGAUCCACCGCGCAUUCCCGGUGGACCGACGCUUGUGCCACGGGAAAAUUGUCCGGAUCCAUGGGAAAUUCAUCUCAAACCUGGUCAAAUGCUUUAUUUACCUGCAAGCUGGUAUCAUGAAGUGACUUCGUACUGUGAUCCAAACGAAAAGGAUGGAAAUAACGUUCAUAUGGCUCUCAAUUAUUGGUUCCAUCCGCCAACUGCUGUAGAAAGUAGGGAGGGGCUGUCAAAGCGAAAGCUUACUGCAUUGAAUCUUGACGGGACACCAAAAGUAGGCAAAGAAGCAAGAAUGCAAGCAAAAGCACGUUCUUCAGGUAGCACGGAUAUUGAUGAAAAUGUUCCGUCUGCACGUCAUCCUUACCUUGAUAGGGAAGUAUGGGAUGAAAUUCGAAGAGAGGUGAACAGAAGAGUUGACGAAAUACGGAAAAGAUCGGCAAAGAAAGCUGAAAGGGAUGAAAUCAUCAGUGGGAAACGUAAAGCUGAAUCUCCAUCAAUUGAGACAGGCGAAGAAGAUACGACCGCACUUCCUCCCACGAAAAGAUCACGCGGUGAUGAAUAA